AUGCCACAAUGGAAGCACGUGAUCAUCUUCAGACUCUGCCUCCUGCUCGCUCUCAAUUCCGCCGAUCAAUUGAAUGCAAGUGAGUAUUUGUCACGCAACAUUUGCUGCUCAAUGGAAAACACCCCAUUAUCAUCACACCUUCUGUUCCUUCUCCACGAAGGCAUCAUCAAUAGCGUCUUUGGCCUGCCGUCGGAAUGCAUGCACCAGAACCAGGUGAUGCCCUGCAAGCUCUCCUUCUCCUGCUGGCUCCAGGGCGGUCGCCAUGCGCAGGGCUGCGGUGAGAAUCGCUGGCUCUUCUCCUGCUGCAUCCCAGACAAUCCCGAGCCGGUCAUCGUGGCGCCCCAGCCGCCCAUCGUGAGACCUGCGAAACCCACCAAAGUCUACCCCAAAGUGUCGCUCCUUCGCCGGCGGAUCGACACGGAGACGCACGCCUUCGAGUGUGGCGUCUCGAGAAGCAGCCAAAAUACCCUCCAGAAGCGCAUCAUAGGCGGACGAUUGGCACAAUUCGCAGAGUAUCCGUGGCAGGCACACAUUAGAAUCCUCGAGUACCAGUGCGGAGGUGUUUUACUUUCGCGGCGGUUUAUCGCAACGGCAGCGCAUUGCAUUCAACAGGCGAGGAUUCGUGAUAUUAUUGUCUUCCUGGGAGAGCUGGACACUCAAAAUUCGGGCACGGUUUCUGAACCUCUUCCAGCUGAGAGACACAAAGUGCUGCAGAAGAUUAUUCAUCCGCGCUUCCAAUUUAGAGUCACACAGCCCGACCGAUACGAUUUGGCGCUCUUGAAGCUCUCUCGGCCGGCUGGAUACAAGAGUCACAUCUUGCCGAUUUGCUUGCCCGUUGGCCAGUUGGAUCUGACUGGAGUCAAUGGCAUGAUUGCGGGCUGGGGAAAGACUGAGGCGAGCACAGGAACAGGAACCAGUAUCCUGAGGACAGCCUCAGUGCCCAUCAUCAGUCUGUCAGAAUGUGUGGCGUGGCAUGAGAGCAAGAACAUCAAUGUUGAGCUCUUCAACGAGAUGCUGUGCGCCGGUCAUCUCGAUGGUCACAUAUGCGUCAAGGAUCAAGGGCGUCACUACCUGGUGGGCAUCACGAGCGCCGGCUUCGGCUGUGGCGUGGAGAAGCAGCCCGGAAUCUAUCACAACGUGAUGAAGACUUCCAAGUGGAUUCAAGAGAUGAUCAAGCGAUCCUAA